AUGGCGAGGCGAGGGGCCGAGGAGGAGCCGGUCGUAGGGGACGACCACCCAGGAGAAGCAGCAGCAGCAGCAGGACUGUCAGGAGGUGAAGACAACACCACUCAAGGCUCAGAUAACCCUUUGCCUGAGCCUCCUGCUGCUGCUGCUGCUGCUGCUGCUUCUUCUGUGAGGGCUGACGCUUCCCCUGCUUCUGCACCCACAGGCCCACAAAGGAAGAGAGCUCGGCAGAGGCCCACGACCUCAGAGCCGGCGGAGUGGGAGCGGGAGAUCCUGUCGACUCUUCGGGCCAGAUCAGCAGCCGCACCACCCCAGCCCUACUCUGACGACCAGCACUUCCUGCUCUCUCUCCUUCCUCUCCUGCAAAAGGACAAAGCUGUAUUCUGUGUCCAUUCCUUUAUCCCUCCCUUUCUUCGCCUGUGUGGGGUGGCUUUGAAAGGCAGGUGGGAUCAGCAGACAGCCAGCUCGUCACACCGCCGGGAGCUCUGUGCCGUGCGUGUGAGAACUCCUUUCACUCAGCACAUUUGGCCGGGCUGCUGGAUGACAGGGUUUGCACUUCCCCACCUGUGCGAGCUGUCCAAGGCUCUCAAAGACACUCCACACCCGCCGGGCUUUGGUUAG